UCAUCAUACACACACAGGAAGGAGCAAGAACAGGGUAGACACACAAACACAAGCCCCCCCACCCCACAUACACAUCAGAGAGAAGGAAGAAACACGCUCUUCAGCAUCCUUCCAAACGCAGUUUAGCAUCAGUCUCCAAGAUCAUCCACCUUACUGUCAGUGCUAUCUGCCAGUAUGGCUGAGGGUUCAGGCGAGGUUUCGCUGGCAGAGAUUGAGACAUCAUUCCGUAAAUUUGCUGUUCAUGGAGACACCAAGGCGACGGGGAAGGAGAUGAAUGGGAAAAACUUUCUUAAGCUGUGUAAGGACAGCAAGGUCAUCGAUGGGAAAAAUGUCACCAGCACCGAUGUGGAUAUUGUCUUCAGCAAAGUCAAGGCAAAGACAGCACGUGUCAUUACCUUUGAGCAGUUCACUCAAGCCAUGUCUGAACUGGCUCCGAAACGUUUUAAAGGGAAAAGCCAGGAGGAGGCAGUACAGCUUCUCUACGGUCUCAUUGCUGGAAAAGAACCCGCCAACAUAGGUGUCACUAAAGUGGCAAAAGCAGCUGCUGUGGACAGGCUAACAGACAGCAGUAAGUACACUGGCUCUCACAAGGAACGCUUCGACGGAUCAGGAAAAGGAAAAGGCCGCGCGGGGAGGGAGGAUAUCCCUGAUACCAGUGGCUACGUCUCGGCAUACAAAGGCCAAGACACAUUUGACGACAAAGUCAAAGAAUGAGAAAGAAAUAGCUGAAAUGAGACAAAUGCAUUAUGCAUAUGACAUAAUGUGUGAAGUCUUGCUGGUUUUUGUUAUCAACUGGCUUGCAUGCAAAACAAAACCCUUGCUACAACACUGCAUGAACAUCAAGAUCACACACUUAGGUUUACAAAUAUUGUAUAAGUGAUUUAUAUUUAUAAUGCGCUCUAUGUCUCAAUGUUCACCAUCAAAAAGGCAAAGUUUGUUCUAGCUUUCUGUCUGUCUUGUCAUCCAGUAUUGGGAAGUAAGUAAGUAGUCAGGUUAUUAACUUCAUUUUCAGUAGUGUAGCAGUAUUGUAUAUCCGCUGUUGUAAAGACUGUGCAGCUUUGCAGAAAUUUGCAAAUUUAUCCAAUAAGUGACAAUUUUAAGGUUAAUACUACUAGUCAUUAUUUAUUGUGUUAUUUUUUACUUAUGAUAGUUAAUCAAGUUACUGUGAGAUCUAACAUUCACACCCCUCGUCUUCUACCAGAAAAAAUACAAUAAAUCUAAUAGUAUUGACCAGGUAUUUAUAAGUUAUUGCACAUUAUAGCUUCAGUGUAGUUAGAUGUCAUUUAUUAGUAGUCUGUAGUGUAGCUUACAGCUCCAGUGUGUCAUUUUUUGGACGAUCUGUUGACAGAAAUGCAAUAUAAUACAUAAAUGUGUCUUCAGAGGUGCAUAAAGACCUUACAUAAUGAAGUGUUAUGUUUUUAUUACCUUAGAAGGAGCUAUUUCUAUCUACAUUCACCACAGGUCCCAUUGCAUAGAAUUCCCCAUAUUAUUCCUAAACAGACAAACUGCUCUACAGAGCGUGUUUUGUAAAUAAGUUAUUCCUUCAGCGAAGAAGCGAAAGCGUGACAACAUCUUUGUUCUGUGUCAACCAGAUAGUGCUUUGAAACGGAGGGGUGAGCCAUUGUUUGCCAUUCACAACCUCACUGCUAGAUGCCGCUAAAUCUCAUAAAGACCCUUAAUUGGUAACAUGACUGUAGUUUAACAUCAUUAAAAUAUGUGUAGAAUGUAGUUUAAAAAGUUUUAAUAUAGCUUUCCCAACACUGCUAUUUAGCUUCAUGUAAAGAGAUACUCCCAAUAACACUGAACAGCUUUCCCUGUAGAAAAAUGACUUUUUUUGAGAGAUGGCACUAGUCUCUCAUCAUAUAUUGAAAAUGGUGGUAAGCAUAUAUACCUUAAUUUAUUUUCUUUUAUUAGAAUUAAUAUAAUUAAAUAUUAAAGUACCAAAAAGAAAACAGAUAUUAAAUGUGGAAAGACUCUU